AUGACAUACCAGCCUGCUAUUAUGAGCGUCUCCCUAGGACGAGCUUGGCUCCAUGAUUUUGACUACAAGAUCGGCCAGGCGUCAAAGGCAGGUUUUAAAGGAAUAGAAAUCUUCUAUGAAGACCUCGAUUAUCUCGCACGACAGAUUUCUGGGAACGACACCCCGACACCCGACCAACUGCUCCAAGCAGCAGAUGAAAUUUACUCAAUCUGCCAAACUUACGCCCUCGAUAUCAUCACACUGCAACCAUUCCUCUUCUACGAGGGACUCAAAGAUCGAGAGCAGCAUGCAAAGCUGAUUGAAAAGAUGAAACUCUGGCUACAACUCGUUAAACGCUUAAACACCAACACCAUACAGAUUCCUGCCAAUUUCCUCCCAGCAGACCAAAUCACCGAUGAAAUCGAUAUCAUAGUUGCCGAUCUGAGGCAACUGGCGGAUAUGGGCGCAGCCGAAACUCCUACUGUCCGCUAUGCGUAUGAAAACCUCUGCUGGAGUACGUUCAAUGAUACCUGGGAGAGAGCCUGGGAUGUGGUCAAGCGAGUUGACCGACCAAAUUUUGGCAUCUGUCUGGACACCUUCAAUAUCGCGGGGAGAGUGUGGGCGGAUCCGGCCUCGCCCACUGGCAAGACAGUCAAUGCGGAUUCCGAUUUAAAGAAGUCCCUCGAGCAAAUGGUUACUGAGAUCGAUGUUGCAAAAGUCUUUUAUCUUCAAGUUGUGGAUGCAGAGAGGAUGGAAUCGCCAUUGGUUCCUGGUCACCCUUUCCAUGUAGAAGGCCAACCGGCGCGGAUGAGCUGGUCGCGGAAUGCGCGAGCAUACAUGUACGAGGAGGACCGUGGAGUAUAUCUGCCAGUUGAAGAGGUUGCAAAAAGCAUUAUUUCAGGAUUGGGAUACAAGGGAUGGGUCUCAAUGGAGUUAUUCUCGAGAACGAUGGCCGCAGAAGGUCAAAAUGUACCUGAUCAGCAUGCGCAGAGGGGUAUCGCGUCUUGGAAGAAGCUGCAGCAGAGGCUUCAGCUCGAUUGA